AUGGCAUUGAGAUCGGGUCUCGUGUGGUUCGCUGGCCUCGUUGCCAACGUCGCCGCGGUAGACGUCGAUGAGUUCAUCGCCCAGCAAAGGGGCAUCGCUCUUGAAGGCGCUCUGAACAACAUCGGACCUAAUGGCUCAUUAGUACAAGGCGCCAGCGCUGGCAUCGUCGUGGCCAGUCCGUCCAAGUCUGACCCUGACUACUUUUAUACUUGGACGCGUGAUGCCGCGUUGACGAUGAAGAUGAUCGUCGAUGAAUUCAUCUUCGGCCACAAAGAGCUCCAGGUCUACGUGGAAGACUACUAUCGCUCUCAGGCUGUUCUGCAGACCAUAACGAACCCCUCCGGGUCCUUCCUGCCAUCCGGGCGUGGUCUUGGCGAACCUAAGUAUACUGUCGACGGCUCUCGCUUUAAUGGCGAAUGGGGUCGCCCGCAGAGAGAUGGCCCGGCGUUGAGGGCCAUUACUCUCAUCACAUAUUCCCGCUGGCUCGUAGAGAACGGCCAGCAGGCCAAGGCCAAAGACGUCAUCUGGCCCAUCAUUGCCAACGAUCUGUCAUACACCGGCCAGUACUGGAACUCGACGGGCUUCGAUCUUUGGGAGGAGGUCACUGGCUCCAGCUUCUUCACGACUCAAAACCAGUACCGCGCCCUUGUCGAAGGUGCAGUCCUUGCGGAGACUCUCGGCGUCAAGUGCACAGGAUGUGAGCUGGCGCCCGACGUCUUGUGCUUCCUUCAGACAUUCUGGAACAGCAACGACGGGUACUACACUGCAAACAUCAACACCAAAACUCAGCGCUCCGGCAAGGACGCCAACGUCAUGCUCGGGUCUAUUUCCGUCUUCGACGUCGCUGCCAGCUGCGAAGACCCGUCCAUCCAACCGUGCCACAGCCGAUCUUUGAGCAACUUCAAGGUCUGGGUUGACUCUUUCCGCAACGCCAGCCUCUACCCCAUCAACGAAGGCAUUGCCCAAAAUAAGGGUGUUGCUGUUGGCCGCUAUACCGAGGACAUUUACUACGACGGAAACCCCUGGUACCUCAUCACCCUUGGUGCUGCUGAAUUCCUUUACGAUGUAAUGGCCCAGUGGAAUGCGCAGAGCCAGAUCAAAAUUGACGCGACGUCUUUGCCCUUCUUCACCGACUUGUACCCGUCCGUCAAGGUCGGAACCUACCAAAAGUACAGCAACAUAUCUGGCGCCUAUGCUAGCAUCACCAACGCCGUGAAGACCUACGCCGACUCCUUCGUCGAAGUCGCACAAAAGUACACGCCCGCCAACGGCUCCCUCGCCGAGCAAUUCAACAAGACCACUGGCACCCCCCUAUCGGCACAUGACCUCACCUGGUCCUAUGCGUCCUUCGUCACUAUGGCCGAGCGCCGUGCUGGUCUUUACCCUCCCAGCUGGGUGCCUGCCUCUUCCGAAGUCCCCACCACCUGCGCCGCCUCCUCGAGCACGGGACUUUACAACCCCGCCAUUGCUGCCGGAGCACCCAAUGUGACAGGCUCUUGCACUGUCCCCGUGUCCUUCCUCGUCAACGCCACGACCUACUAUGGCGAGAGUCUAUACGUUCUCGGCAACACGGCUGACCUCGGCUCCUGGAAAAUCGAGAAUGCGCAGCCCAUGUCGGCGUCUAACUACACGGCCCAACGCCCGCUAUGGAACGUCGACGUCGAGCUGUCCGGUGGCCAGACCAUAACCUACACCUACGUAAGGGGCCAGAACUGCAACCAGGGCUACAUCUACGAGGGAGUCAACCGCACACUGACGGUACCUCCUUGCAAUUCGACACAAAAAGUGGUGACAGAUGACGCUUGGACGGGGCGUCAGGGAUCGAGUGGUAACUGUUAA